UCUCUCUCUUGAAGCCUUUAUCUUUCACUCUUUUCGUAGCUUCUCUUCUCUUCUCUUCCUUUCUAUUGUUUUUCAUAAAAUCGAAAUGGAAAUGGAGGAUCAUCAUCACCAUCAAUACGCUAUGGCUGAUCUUAGGCAACUUAUGAAUGGAAGGCCUACCCAUUUCCAAGGAAUCCCACAGGCUCCCGAGUUAUUCUCCUCCGGCCACCGGAAUCUGCCGCCACCGCAACCUCAUCAUCACCAACACCACCCUCACACCUUUGAGAUGAUGCAAAUGGUUGGCAGACAAGUUGGUCACGAGUUGAUGCCUCGUGGUCUUCAUCACGACUUCCCUGCUGAUUCUACUGCUAAUAAUGCUACUCCCACGGCUGCUGCAGUUGCGGUCACUAGUGCUUCUACUCCUAGUGCCAGUUGCGGAUUUGAUGGUGAAGCUACUGCUUUUGGAGGUGAUGGAGGAACUGGGAGAUGGCCGAGACAAGAGACUUUAACGCUUCUAGAGAUCAGAUCUCGUCUUGAUCCCAAGUUCAAAGAAGCUAAUCAAAAGGGUCCUUUGUGGGAUGAAGUAUCCAGGAUCAUGUCUGAGGAACAUGGGUACCAAAGGAGUGGGAAAAAAUGCAGGGAGAAAUUUGAAAACUUGUACAAGUAUUACAAGAAGACUAAGGAAGGGAAGGCCGGGAGACAGGAUGGUAAGCACUAUAGAUUCUUUCGCCAACUUGAGGCGCUAUAUGGAGAGACCAGCAAUUCAGUUUCAGGCCCAGAAACUCAACUAAUUGGGAACAAUUUUCGGUUUCAUGGUACUCCCAACAGCAAUACUCAAGCAAAUCAAGAUGUCUAUCACUCUCAAAAGCUCUGUGAUAGUCUUAGCCUCUCUAAUUCCUCCGAUUUCGACACUUCUUCCUCGGAUGACAAUGAUUUAAGCACUGCAGGGCCAAUGGAGAAUGACUCGUCAGAGAAGCGGAAAAAGAAAAGGGGUAGUAGGAGCUGGAAGGCAAAGAUAAAAGAGUUCAUCGACUCUCAAAUGAGGAAGCUAAUGGAAAGGCAAGAGGCGUGGCUAGAGAAAUUGACAAAGACUCUUGAGCAAAAGGAGCAAGAGAGGGUUUUAAGGGAGGAAGAAUGGAGGAAAGAAGAAGCAGCCAGGAUAGAUAGAGAGCACAAGUUUUGGGCUAAAGAGAGAGCUUGGAUUGAAGCUCGUGAUGCUGCUUUAAUGGAGGCCUUGCAGAACCUGACAGGAAAACAAUUGAAGGUCACAUCACCUGAGGAGCUAAUGGCAACUGAAAUGCAAAACCACAGUGAAAACCAGAAUGAGAAUGGAAGUGAAACUAUAAACAACACUGUAAAGGCAGAUGGCUGGCAAGAAUCAGAGAUUUCUAGGCUAAUACAGCUGAGAACCAGCAUGGAAUCGAGGUUCCAUCAAGGAGCGUGUUCAGAAGAGAUUUUGUGGGAGGAAAUAGCUGCUAAGAUGGCUUGUUUAGGCUUUGAUAGGAGUGCUUUAAUGUGCAAAGAAAAAUGGAAUAGCAUUAGUGCUUACCUAAUGAAGACCAAGGAGAGUAACAAAAAACGCAAGGAGAACUCGAGAGGCUGUGGUUAUUAUCAGAACAAUGAGGCCCUCUACAGUCAAGGAAGAGCAUAUUGUGAAAUUAAUGAGCAAGGAUCUGAGACAGUGAGACUCCAAGCAAAUGACGGCUCUUCCCCUUCUAACUCUAACGUUGGCAAUGCUGUAAAUGAUAGUUGCUUUCGCUUCUUGAUGGCUGAUGGAGAGAACCUGUGGGAGAACUAUGGUUUAAAGCUCAGCAAAGGAGAAAACCAGUAAGUUGAAAAAAAAAAAAGAAAACAUGACAGAUCAUCUCACAAUUAUUCUAGCUAAUCCCACAUGAAAUAUAUGCAAUGGGUGGGAGAGGAGGGAACUGCUGACUCGGUAAGAGGUAAGAGAUAAUUGACAAAUGUCCUGUAUUGAAGAGGGGAUUUACAAUGUAUAAGCAAGGAGCUGACUGAUGAGAAUUUAUGUAUAGCAAAUGGUGUUUCAUGGGGUCUUAGCAAGUGCAUAUUUUAAGAUUAAUGACAAUAAUGGGUUUAAUAUCUUGCUGGGGGGGAGAGAAAAAAAGGCAUAAAUAUUGCUCUAAGACGCUGAGUUUUCAUCUUAACAUUUCUGAAAUCUUUCCUGCUAUGCGUGGAAAUUUGAUUAUUUAUGUUUGUUCUUCAUCAGUUUCUUUCUUUCCAUCUUUACCGAUCAUUUGUUGUUUAGUAAUCUGGUGAAAUUUUUUCUGUCUUCAUAUGCAAGUAUUUGCAUGAGUACGCGUGCCCCCACGUGUGCAGAAAAGUUUGUGUACAAUUUCCUGUAGUACGGUACAUAGGUUAAGGUAACAGUGAUGUAGAGGAGAUUAUAAACCAGAAACAAAUCUUUCAGCUUGUA